AUGGCCAAUCCGAUCACCGACUACUCUGGCGAUCCCAUCACUCUCGACGACAACCUCGGCCUGCGCCCUCGCGCCCGCGCCGUCUCCGGCCUGCGCCCCUGCGCCCGCGCCAUCUUCGGCUCAGCGCCGCCCAUCAUCCAGCUCGCCCUCUCCAUCGCCACCUCCAUCUUUGUCGUCACCGUCGACUUUGUCCACUACUUUCUCACUGCCGCCCGCCGGCUCGUUGUGUGCGCUCGCGAGCGGUUCACCGCCGCUUGCGCUCUCUCUGCGGCUCCGAGUCUUGGCGCGAGCCACGCAGGCUCCGAAGUCUACUGCGUUUUCACCAUCCUGCUCACCGUCAUCCUCGCCGUCGCUGUUUCUGGACCAACACCAGUGCCAGUCCCCUCAGAGCCGCUUCCAGACAUGAUCUCCAUCAACGGCGCCUGCCAUUUUGCGCUCACCAGCUCCUCUGCAUCGGCACAGCCUCCAGGACGGCCGCCAGGCGCUCCCGGAAGGCAGACCGAUGGAUGGUUUACAACCGUCCUCACAGGUGGAGCCGAGGCGACAGCCGAGGCCGCCGCCCACAAGGCCAACCAACCAGCUAAGGCCUCUGCCCAAACGGAGGCCGAGGCGCCAGUCACAGCCGCCCAAACCAAGGCGCCAGCCGCCGCCGCCACGCGCAAGCCCUGGUGGAACCUUUUUAGAACUUGCAACAUCAGCGCCGUCGCCGUCGCUACCGUCGAGCAAGGCAUCGCCUCCAUCAAGUGCGAUGACUCGGCUCGCACGGCCGGCGCUCAUCCGGCCGGCGCGCGAGACGCCUGCGCCGCCCUCGACUACGACCGGACGCGCCCUGCCGCAGCCUCCGCCGUAGCCGAGCGAUCGGCCAGCGCCUCUGCCGCCAGCGCCAUCGCCGUCGGCCGUACCGUCGAGCGAGGCAUCGCCUCCGUCAAGACCUUCGUCUUCGAGCGUGAUGCCGCGCCUCGCACGGCUGGCGCCCUUCGGGCCAGCGCGCGAGACGCCUCCGCCGGCCUCGACUGCGAGCGGACGAGCUCUGCCGCCUCCGCCGUAGCCGAGCGAUCGGCCAGCGCCUCUGCCGCCAGCGCCGUCGCCGUCGGCCGUACCGUCGAGCAAGGCGUCGCCACCGUCAAGUGCGCUGCCUCGCCUCGCACGGCCGGCGCUCUUCUGGCCAGCGCGCGAGAUGCCUGCGCCGCCCUCGACUACGACCGGACGCGCCCUGCCGCCGCCUCCACCGUAGCCGAGCUCUCCGCCAGCGCCUCCGCCACCAGCGCCGUCGCCGCCGCCGUCACCGUCGAGUACUCGAGUCUCGCUUCCGUCAUCGAGAGUGACAACUCACAUCGCACAGCCAGUGCCUCACGCUUCAGCUUUCAUAGCUUUACCUCCGGCUCCGCGCCGCGCCGCGCCUCCGUCAAGGGCGACCUCGGCCUGCGCCCUCGCGCCCGCGCCGUCUCCGGCCUGCGCCCCUGCGCCCGCGCCUUCUCCGGCUCCGCGCCGCGCCUCGCCUCCGUCAAGGGCGACUCUCGGAUGUCAACUACUCCCUCCUCGUGCCGCCUUCGGCCUUGCCCGCACAGGCGUCGCGAUCUACGGUACAUCCCCGACGCCUUCAGCAUCGGUCCUGGGGGAGGCGUCUGA